GAAUGUACAAUAUUAGAAAACUAUUUGAAGCAAAAACACAAGCAUAAAGAAAUUGCUAAGAGCUUUGUUUCAGAAAAUAUGAAAUAUAUAACAUUUCAAGAUGUUUUUCAAAGAUCUCAAAAAGAGAUACAAGCUCAAACUCCCCG